UCAAUUGAUCAAUCCACUCUCCAGAGUUUUGUCAAUAUUUGGCACGUUCAAAUGAGUUGUGAAUGUGUUACUUCAUUUUGAAUUUAAAUUUGCCUACAUAAAUCAAUUAAUUUGGUAAAUAAGUAACCGUAUUGUUACUGCCGGUAAUUUCAAGUUGAAUUACCAAAUUUUAAUCAAUUGAGUUCGAGACGAAAACGAAUUAUGCCACCGCAGAGCUAAAUUCACAUACACUGAGGAUUUAUAACAGUAGAUGUGAUCACUGCUGAAUAUCAAGUGUUUGAGUGUACUAACAAUGUCUACAUUUCUAACAAUAUUUAAGAAAAGGCCCAACAGGAAAGUCAAAGUCCCAACAAAGGGGGCAAAACAGAUUCUGACGGAGAAUGCAGCAACAGUCAGCUUCUAUCGCAACAUGGCCCUGGGCGCUGGAGCAGCCUACAACCUUGCUACUCUUGCAUUUUACUAUGAUAGCAUGACCACAUUAGGCAUAGUCAUGAAUGCCUUUGUGAUCGGUAUCUACACAUUAUGCUAUCAAACGAUGCUGUAUAUAAGCAGGCCAACCUAUUAUGAAAAUAGCCAGCUUAUGGACCCUGGUGUCGAUUUAAACAUGGAGGGUGGUAUGGGAGAGCACGUCAAAGACGUUAUCAUAUUGUCAUUGGUCACUCACCUGCUGGCAAUUUUUUCCAACUACUUCUGGCUGUUGCUGCUCUUAAUGCCACUGAGGGCAGUCUGGCUUCUGUGGACCAACAUUCUCGGACCAUGGUUCUUCCAAUCAGAGCCGGUUGAGUAUGAGCUGGAUGAGAAGAAGAAGAGAAAAAUGGAAAGGAAAAUGAACAAACACAAUUACCAGUAAAUCGAUAUUUGGUUGUCAUGCUGGUGUUAGUGUAGUAUGCAAUAUGAAAAUUGAAGUGGUGGGCGGUUGCUACAUAACUUUCCCAAUUGAAAACGGGAUUUUAUUGAAGUUUCGAUUUUUCUAAUUCAAAAUUUUCAUUAUGCAUACUACACAGGUUUAUCGAAGCGAAGCUUCUCAACGCACAUUCAGGCUGUUUGAGACUUUGGACUGAACUCAAUUGGUGAUCUACUCACAUAUAGUGAAACGAGCGAGCGGUCGUGUUAUUCACAUUGUGUUCACAUGCGCAAGCCACAUCUACCAGGUACUUGUCUUUACUAUAAGAUUUGCCAUUAACCGACUCCAAAUAAGAAGAUCUAGUGACAUUACCCAGUAUUGUAUCAACACUCAAUAUUGCAACUAGAUGGCGCUCUUUUGAUUCGAUACAAAUCGUUGUUAACUUUCACACAUUCGAAUAAGGAAACGUAAGAAAUAUCGCACGACAGGCUCUGAGUGCCAAUGGUUUAGUAAACAUUAUACUCGGGUAUUUGUAGGGGUAAUUAGGUUAGUAAAAAGUAUACUUGCAAGUAGAUUGCGAACAAAAUACCAUUUCUUUGACUACGGAUCGGUUUUUAAAAUGUCUUAAUACACUGUUUUGUGCUGUUUCAUUCGUUAUCGUUUCAAGAUUCGUGCAAUAGGUAGGUCAAUACAUAAAAUUUUGGUCACAUAUUAUGCUGUAAGCUCUUCUUGAUUGGAUGCAGUUAUGCGAUAAUGUAUCGAACCGCAAUGGACUCUAGCCUUUCUGAGUCCAGUCCAUCAGUCAUUCUAGCAUUAGAUAUUUUAAGAUAUAAAUGUUGAUAAAUCCUAUUAUUGAACUCUAUCUUAUAUACAAUGCGUAAAAAGUUUCGCUUCAGUAGGGUGCCCAAUGACAUCACUUUUUUACGAUGUCUAAUAUCUUCUUUAGGACCCACCAACAUCAAAUGUAUUACUACUUUCUCUAUUAUUCCCCGCUUUUAAUUAUUAUAUUAACAAAAAGCUUCAACUUCUAUCAUUGGCCUGAAGAUAACUGACUAUUGGUGCCAAUUUUGUAGUACACGUGUCACUAAAUCUAAAUAGACAGGUUUAAAAAUAGUGCAUUCCGCUUGGCGGGGAAGAACUAAAACUUGAAUACAACUACAAGUUGUCAGUGCUGCAGAUGUUUAUGAGCGGCGGUGAUCAUUUAACAUCAGGUGACCCACUUGCUCGUUUUCGCGCUAUUAAUAUAAAAAAAUAUUAAAUUAGUUUCGAUUGUAAACAACAACAGAAUUUGGCUUGGCCUUACUUCUCAAUGUAGGAAGAUAAUAAACUUCUAAAACUAAUGAUUAACUAAGCUAACGAAUUUUAUAAUUUCUAAUGUCCAGAUUUUUUUUUUCAAUAUUUUUAUCAUCGCGUAUUAGACAGUUUUUUUCAAAACGUUUAAUAACCAGAACUUGCUUAAGAGUUUUAGGUUUUGGGAAUAUGGUAGAAACAUAGCAGCAUUUUAAACUGGUCUACGAAAAAAAGUUUGGUUACCUCUGGUAUAACAGAAUCGGCACCUAAAGCUAACUUCUUUGCCCGUACCAUAAGAGGCUUUCACAGUUUUCCGCAUAAGGUGAAUCGCAUCGAUUGUUUUUGGAACGAUCUUGCCUAAUGCAACCCUGAUAUAAUUUCUUAUAAUAUAUUCUGUAAUCUAGGAAUGUUUUUACUGUCACAUAGAUGUUCUAUAGUCGCUAAGCUCACCUUUCUGUAAUAUUCGAUGUCCAACGGUACUAGCUCAAGCGUAUUUAUUCGACGAAGUAUUAUUUGACGUUACGUUGGCUGGUUGAGUUGUUGUUUUACACUGUCGAUGACAAUUUAUAAUUAACUCCAAGAAAUUCGCAAUUUAAGGUAGCCGGUAUCCGAAAUGCAAUAUCCUACAGGCAUAUCCUUUUAUUUAAUAUUAUUUGGUGAUUUCAGUCGUUUUAUCAAUGGAGGCAAUCAACCAAAAAUAUUUUUCGCAUUUAUAUCAUUAUUUGCUUGGAUUUUUGUGCGAGAUGUUUGAAAAAUUCUAUAACGAAAAAUUUAAAUUUGUUUUUUAUCUCUUAUCUUAUUAAAAUCUAUUAAACUUUAAGCGAAUUUUAAUAUGACUAUUUUUGACGAACUAAUUCCCAUUCCACCACCUUAUUGGGUGGAUUUCUUAGAAGCAAUAGUUACAGUGAUUUCAUAGUAGUUAGUCGUCAACCAGUCAGUAAGUUAGUGAGUGGUAUUCGCUUUUAAAUAUGUAGAAGAAGAUGAUUAUAUAUUAUAAAAGUACAGUCAAGAAUAUACUAUUUUCAUUAUAUAGUAGUAGAAUAAUAUAUACUGUUAUGAGAUCGCACAUCAUAAGUAUUAAUCGUCCAAUAAUAGAUGUUUCAUUUUAGUGAUUAUCUUAUACUUACUAUACUUUAUUUGGACAGUCUUUAAUAUAAAGUAGAUAUUGUCAUUUGUCGCAUACAUAAGUAUGCCGUAAGUAAUAUUACUCUUUGAUGUUCUGUCUUAGUGCUAUGAAAGGAUACAUAAGAUUUUAUUUAAGUGACAAUGUAAUCGGGGCAUAUAUGAUUUUGAAGUGAGUACUGUUUGGUUUAUAUGUAUAUACGAAGUUUUAGUCAUGAUUCGUUUGGCUCUGAUUAUAUUCCUCUACUUAUUUUACGUAUGCGGUUUAUCCAGACACAGAUGUCAUGGUUAA